UUAAAUAGCGUUCUCCCUCUGAACACCACCUCUCUGUAUUUUCCUUUUCAUUUCAUGGAUGAAAUCCAGAUGGAAAUUGAACACCAAUCUUCCUUCAUGGCUGGAUUUCGAUUCUCUCAAUCUUCCCCUCAACUUAAUAAACCCACCAACUUCCCAAUAUCCAUUCCCUUCAACCUCAAAACCCCUCUUCAACCACGCACACUUAACCUCUCUUCUCUCUCUUUGCGGGAGAGACAAAAACUUCACUCUCGGUUCUUCCAUCCAUGCCCAUAUCAUCAAACAACCCCCUUCCCUCGAUUUUCAUAGCUCCCAACGUAAUGCCCUUUUUAUUUGGAACUCUCUCCUCUCCAUGUAUUCAAAAUGUGGUGAACUCCGUGAUGCAGUCAAACUGUUUGAUCAUAUGCCUGUGAGAGAUACGGUAUCGUGGAACACAAUGAUUUCUGGGUUUUUAAGGAAUGAAGAUUUUGACACUGCUUUUAAGUUCUUUAAGCAAAUGAGUGAGUCAAGGAGAGUGUGUUGUGGAUUCGAUAAAGCAACUUUGACAACAAUGUUGUCAGCUUGUGAUGGAUUGAGAUUAGGAUUCUCUAGUGUAACAACCCAAAUGAUUCAUGGUUUGGUGUUUGUUGGUGGUUUUGAUAGGGAGAUUACGGUGGGGAAUGCUUUGAUAACAUCUUAUUUUAAAUGUGGGUGUUUUAGUCAAGGAAGGAAGGUUUUUGAUGAGAUGAUUGAGAGGAAUGUUGUAACUUGGACGGCUGUGAUUUCUGGCCUUGCGCAAAAUGAAUUUUAUGAGGAUAGUUUGAGGUUGUUUACUCGAAUGCGGUGUGGGUCUGUGAAUCCUAAUGUUUUGACAUAUUUGAGCUCGCUCAUGGCUUGUUCGGGUUCACAGGCGUUGAAGGAUGGCCAGAAAAUUCAUGCACUGUUAUGGAAAUUGGGGAUGCAGUCGGAUUUAUGCAUUGAAAGUGCUUUGAUGGAUUUGUAUUCAAAGUGUGGUAGUUUAGAGGCAGCGUGGAAUAUUUUCGAGUCUGCUGAGGAGCUGGAUGGGGUCUCCUUGACUGUAAUCCUUGUAGCUUUUGCUCAGAAUGGAUUUGAGGAGGAAGCUAUUCAGAUAUUUACGAGAAUGGUGACGCUGGGGAUUGAAGUUGACGCCAACAUGGUUUCUGCCAUUCUUGGGGUAUUUGGUCUUGGCACUUCUUUGGCUCUUGGUAAGCAGAUUCACUCAUUAAUCACAAAAAAGAAUUUCAGUCAAAAUCCUUUUGUUGGUAAUGGGCUUAUAAACAUGUACUCCAAGUGCGGCGAGCUGGCUGACUCGCUCCAAGUGUUCUAUCAGAUGACUCAAAAGAAUUCAGUUUCAUGGAACUCAGUCAUUGCAGCUUUUGCCCGCCACGGAGAUGGUUUCAAGGCACUUCAAUUUUAUGAAGAGAUGAGAUUGGAGGGUAUAGCACCAACAAAUGUUACAUUUUUGUCAUUACUUCAUGCUUGCAGUCAUGCAGGGUUAGUUGAGAAGGGUAUGGAGCUUUUGGAAUCUAUGACUAAAAAUCAUGGGAUUAGUCCCAGGUCAGAACAUUAUGCCUGCGUUGUUGACAUGUUGGGCAGGGCAGGAUAUCUUAAAGAAGCUAAGAAAUUUAUUGAGGGGUUUCCUGAGGAUCCUGGUGUGCUAGUUUGGCAAGCAUUACUUGGUGCUUGUAGCAUACAUGGAGAUUCCGAGACGGGUAAAUAUGCUGCUGAUAAACUAUUUUCAGCUGCACCAGAUAGCCCAGCAUCUUAUGUUUUGAUGGCAAACAUAUAUUCUGUUGAAGGGAAAUGGAAAGAGAGAGCAAGUGCCAUUAAGAGAAUGAAAGAGAUGGGAGUAGCAAAAGAAGUAGGUAUAAGUUGGAUUGAGAUAGAAAAGAAAGUCAAUAGUUUUGUGGUGGGGGACAAAUUGCAUCCACAAGCUGAUAUUAUAUUCAGGGUUUUGUCUGGUUUGUUGAAACACCUGAAAGAUGAAGGGUAUGUCCCUGAUAAAAGGUGUAUUCUCUUUUACUUGGAACAAGAUAAAGAGGAUUAGUCACUGUAUUUAUUCUAACUAUUCAUUUUCUAUGAGAAAGAACCCCAUUGAUGUUUGUCUUGUAAAUAGCCAGCUCUUAAGAUUUGAGUUUAGCCUAACUCAAUUUUACAAAACCGGCUUAUAAAAAACCGGCUUAUAAAGUGAGGAGUGACUCCAACUUGUAAACACAUAUUUUCAAGCCAUAACAUAUCUAACAUAAGACUAUCAACACCAGCUUCUAGCUUUAAGCCAAGAUUAUGUUUGGGUUGGUACUUGGUAGCCAGGGACGGAAAUUAGUGGAAUAUAGAAUAAAAGUGUACUAGCUUGGAGAAGUUGCUUUUCUUAUGUUUUGACAGCAACUGAAUAAUGAUAAUGAUAGGAUUACAUUUCACAAUCCUGUUAUUUACAUCAGUGAUGUCUAACUCUCUCAAUCAUGAUUGGAAAAGGUAGUGGAUACCAGAUUGUGAAGUUUUUCUUCAAAGGCUUAGGCGAUUAAGCCUUAGAUCCAUUCUUAAGCUUUAAAUGACAUGGCACAAUGAAAUUAACUUUUUGUGCAUUUUCUCGCCAUGGGACAAAAAGAAUUUUUUGCAAGUGGCUGACACAUUAUAAUUUAUGUACAAUUUUCUCUUCCACCUUAAA